UUCUCGAGUCAACGGAUCAGGGAAGAGAGGAUCUUCUCCUUCCAUCAGCACAAUCAAGAUAAGAGGUGGGAGGUAUCUCGCUCGGACACGUAAGGCUCAGAGCAGUAAGAAGGGCAACAAGCAUGGCGUUGCCAACGAGCAUGGUGGCCCACCAGCCGGAGGACAUCAACUACGCCUACCUCCUCCACCUCCUGUCGACCCCACCCUGCCUCCCUACCUCGACGACCGUGCGCAACCAUCUCCUUGCGGCCGUCACGUCAAGGACUGACCUCUUCUCCGCCAGUCUCGAUAGCUUGAGCGUGAUUGACGACCCCUGGAAAGACUUCACGACUCGCUACCAGCCGGGGGCACAGCUUGUGGUCAUUGGCUCGCCGCCUGUAGGGGUCCUCAAGAGUGGCAGGGGCGGCAGCAGCAGCAGCAGCGCCAACAAUGGUCACCAGGCAGGGAUUUGGGGAUUGGGCAUCCUCGUCUCGUCGAAGUUCCGCGACGAAGCCGACCCGACAACAUGCCUGCGCCGUCCAAACAUGAGCAUCUGGCUCAGCACCGAAAUGGCUUGCUCAGCCCGAGGAGAGGACGAUCCAACGACUCGGGGCAUGGUGCAUUUCCUCUUCUCUCAGUGGCUGCCAGUGGCUUAUAAGCGAUUCAUUGAGGCACAGAGGGAUCACUUUGCGCUUGAUGCCAGUGAGGUGGAAAGGGAACAUUUGAGAGAAGUCGACAUCAUCAUCCAGGCGAUGGACGAGUUGCAGGUUGAUGUGCUCGCUGAUGAGGUCUGCCAGGCAAGACGCGACGAGGACUCUUUGCGAGGCCCCUCGUCGAACCGACCCUGGAUCGAAUGGCGCAGCGGAGCCUACGAUGCUUUCGUUCUCGACCCGCCACCCAUUGUAUGCCCUGCCACCCCCGAGGAAGAAGCAAAGCAAGCAGGCCAACGGUGGCAACUCGAGCGAAUCACGACACAGACGGCGAAAGCCGUCGCAGAGGCCAACAAGAUACCUUUCCCUGUCUCGCAUACACUGCGCAAGCCGCACCUUUCCUUGCUGGCGAGAGAUGCAACUGGGCCUGUGGGAGCAGCUGGGGCCCAGAAGGGAAGCGAGGAAGACGUCUACCCGAUAGAGCAGGCCAAAGGCUCUCUUGCUGGAUGGGUGUACACGCACGAGGAUAUGAGUUUGGCUUCCUUGCACGUCGCGCUACCCUACAGACGGCGAGUCGAGCCUGCAGACUCCACCGCUUCUUCAGCAGCACCACCACCCGCGCCGCUGAGCCUCGGUCGGCUACUAGUCACCUUACUCUCCCCCCGCAUCGGCCUCGCACAACGACGCGCCCUCACUGCUUGCGGAGUGGACGUGGCUGCCAUCGAGGCUGAGGCGACGCAAGGAGAGGGGACGUGGUGUCCUUGGCCUGUGACAGCGCACGUUGAUGCCAGUGAUCAAGGAGCGGUGCGCUUCUACGAGAAACUUGGGUGCACAAGGAUGGCCAAGCACGUUUGGUUAGGGCUGAAGGCGCCGCUCAGGGGAGCAGGAGACCAGGCAUCGUCAAGGACGGGGUAAUGAAUAUGUUUGCUAGGCGUAUAGAAGUGCUGCUGUACAAAUGCUCGAG